AUGCCGGACAGCAGCCAGUUUGCACCGUUUGUGCGAUUCGUUCGCUCGCAUGAAGAACCGCAAAAGAUGCAGACCGAUGAAUUCAGUAUCGCUAGGAUACUGGCUACCAUAAGAAAACGACUGCUGGGUGGAGUAGUUUCAGCAGAAGAAGAGUUGUGCAUGGAUCCAAUCAUUCGACGUUUUGCGGUUGCACAGUUGGAUGUGAUGCUAGAUAACCAAUCAUUUCCAUUGUUUAUUCUUCCAUUCAUCCAA